AUGUGCGGAUCAUGACUGGAGACUGUUUUUAAGAUUAACCCGGAAGAUACUCAUCUUGCACCUUCACAGCAUUUGAUAGAAAUGUUCAAAAUUUUUUUUCACAAGAAUGAUAUGCUGCCUCUCUCAGAUUCUUUACCAGAGGAUGUUGAAAAGGCUGACCAACUGAAGGAUGAAGGUAAUAAUCAUAUAAAAGAUGAAAACUAUGAUGCUGCAGUGGAUUGUUAUACUAGGGCUAUAGAACUGGAUCCAAACAAUGCAGUCUAUUACUGCAACAGGGCUGCUGCUCAAAGUAAGCUCAACAACUACAGUGAAGCAAUAAAGGAUUGUGAGAGAGCUAUAGCAAUAGAUCCAAAGUACAGCAAAGCAUAUGGGAGAAUGGGGUUGGCUCUGACUUCAGUGAAUAAAUAUGAAGAAGCGGUUACAAGUUACCAAAAAGCACUGGAUCUUGAUCCAGAAAUUUACUCUUAUAAGUCAAAUUUGAAAAUAGCAGAACAGAAACUAAGAGACAUGUCCAGUCCUACCGGAACUGGACUGAGUUUUUACAUGGCAAGCUUGAUAAACAAUCCUGCCUUCAUUAGUAUGGCAGCAAGCUUAAUGCAGAAUCCUCAAGUUCAACAAUUGAUGUCGGGGAUAAUGUCAAAUGCCAUUGAUGGCCCUGCUGUGGGUGUUGGUGGCCUGUCAGAUUUGUCUAGCCUGAUACUUGUGGGGCAGCAGUUUGCACAACAGAUACAGCAGCAGAAUCCAGAGCUCACAGAGCAACUAAGAAAUUAUGUCCGGAGCAGAUCUUUCAGUGGCAGUACUGAACAGCAUUCUUGA